GACAAGAAACUCAUGAUGUUGUCCAUUAGUUCAGCUUCAUAUUUACUUAGCAUGCAUUGAGCAUUGUCUUACAUGAUAGCUUUCCUAACGAUCUGACGCUAAGGUCACGGCUACAAUAUUUAUUGCGAGAAAAUGGAGUCAAAAGCAGACGAGUAUUUGUCGGCUGAGGAGUUACGCGAUCGCCUCUAUCACAGUUUGCGCGGCCGUGGAAUGGUGAACUCAAUAAAGACUCAAUUACGGAAUAGCCUAUUGACAGAACUUCAACAGUGUGGACACAAGCCUGGUCAAUCAGCUAGACAUGGGAAACAGGAGUCAAUGUUCCACAGGGCUGUCAACAGCUUGGUUUUGGAUUACUUACGCAGGAUGAAGUUUGACUACACCCUCAGUGUCUUCCUCCCUGAAAGUGGGACAACAACAGAAAAGGUGCUCACUUACAAAGAUAUUUUACAGCUUCUUCAGGUUAAUCCUCAAUCCAAGCUCUUCAGAAAAAUUGCUUCAAAUGUUCAAGAUCAAGCCACAGAUGGGUUUUUGUGGCAGUUCCUUUGUGAGUUAUCUUCACUAAAUUCUGCGCCUGUUGUUGAUGACUCCACCCAGACUGAGGGAGUUCACCUGGUGGCAUUCUCAAGUCUAGAUGACAAACUGAUGGGGUUGGAUGAGUAUUACUCCUAUCGUCGUGAUGAAAACUUCCGUUCAUCAGCCGUGGGUGUGGAGGAGAGGCUCUUGUUGUAUCAGCGACAGUUGGAGGAGGAGUCAAGACAACAGCUCAAAUUGGAGCUUGCAAGAUUCAAGGAGAAUGACCUUUGCAGAAUGAGGCUGGAGGAGAAAGAAAAUUGUAGGCAAGAGAUUGAGCGGGCAAGGUUGGAGAUGGAGAAAACCUAUCGUGCAAGAGCAGAUGCGCUGGCUGAAAGGGAAAGAAAUGCUCUGAAAAGAAUGGAGAAAGAUCAGGAGAUCCAGUCCCGGGAGGUUUACAGCCAGAGGCAAACAGUAUUACAGGAGAUCGAGGCGGUGAGGCAGCGAGAGGCACAGGUCAAGAGAGAGGCAGAGGCAUUACAGAGGGAGAAGCAGCUGUCAGAGGAGAGGGUAAAGAGUCGAGAGGAGUCGGUGAGACGGUGGGAGGCAGAGCUCAGUAAGGCUCAGCAAGAGUAUGACCAUAGGCUAGAGAAUGAUAUGGCACUAUUUAAAAUGGAAGAGCAGACAAAGUUUCUGAAACGCACACAAAAUUUAGAAAAAAGAGAAGCAAGACUGAGAGAAGAGGAAAAAGUUGUUCGUGAAGAGAAAGAACAAAUACAGACACUGAAAGAUGACUUGCGAGAUAAAACUUCUUCUGUAAAUAGACUAGAGAUGCUGUUACAAGAGACCAAGAGUAGAGAAGUGGCAGCAACUUGCUCAAACGAGACCCUGAAUGCCAGGAUAAGGGAGAUGUCUGAUUACGGUGUAUUAAGAGAGGAAAACUUCAGGAUGAAAGCAGAAAUAGAAACCCUGAAAAUGCGUUUGAAUGAAAUGACACAAUUAUAUACCAAGUCUCAAACGGUGCUAGGUGAGAUGGGCAUGGGUAGCGCUCAGACCCGGGCACAGGAUACCUCCCUGAGAGGCAUACUCAGGGACACGAGGAUUGAGUCUAGUCCACACAGAAACCAGGCUGAUAUUACAAUAAAUAGAGAAGUUGAGCGUAACAGAGAGCUCCUGCGACAGUUUGAGCAGUCCACCCAGCAGCAGAAGGAGAUGUACAAUGAAAUGCUGGAUCUCAGGCAGCAGCUGCACCUCACACAACAAGGUGCACAUCACUCUAUGCUCACCUUUUCUUCUUGUAAUCACAGGGAAGGAAAUGACAGUGGUCCCUCCCUCCUCUCUGAUGAUUGGUCAGAACUGAAGGAGAGGGAGGAAAGUAGAAUCAAAAGGAGUGAAAUGUUGCCUCGAUAUGACGAUAAUGAGGUGUACAAUGAUGUGAACAUUGAAGGAGAGAUGAUGGCUCCACCCAGAAGACUGAACUAUGAGGAGCUGUCAGAGGAUGAUGGCUGUCAAUCAGACCCUGUCUCUGGAGACGUGGUGGCAGAAGCAAAGUACAGGCUGAGGAGUUUAGAAAGAGAAGCAGAGAAUUUGGAGCAGACGUACCGAGACUUUCAGUACAGGUUAACAAACGUCCAUGCUGUGUCUGGAGGAAUCGGCAGGUCACCAGCCAAAAAGUCAUUACCUACAUUUGCAGAGGAGCUAAGUAAACAGGCUGGUAUACAAAGGCCCAUAUAUGGUCAGGUGACAGCCUCCCCUAUCCUCACUGUGAGGGAGGACCAGAGCCUUGUCUCCUCCACCCCCUGCAGACAGACCAGACAGAGACGCGAUUCUAAUGACAGUUUAUCAGAGCUGAAUGCACCAAGGUUUAAAGCAGGGACAGACAAAAUGAGGGAUGAGAUUGUGGGCCAUUCAUCAGUUCAUGUCUUGGAUCUGUCACGUGAUCAUUUGAGUAAGGCUGAAAUUGCACGCGACAGAUCAGACGUGAUAACUAUGGCAGAUCUGGAGGCCAGGCCUGGCUCACCCAGCGUUGUUGUUGUACCAGGCUCAGAUUCCUCAGGCUCCAAACAAGAACUCCCAUCUAAACUUCACAUACCUGAUGACAAUAAUGACAAGAAACCAGUAGAAACAAAUGUGGAUUUUACAAACCCAGUAAUCUCCCUUGAUCAAGCCUGGAAGAUGGGAUCAAAAGUGAACUCAGAUGAAGAUAAAAGAAUCCAGGAGGAAGACGAGAGGAAGAAAGCUGAGGAUGAAGAACGAAGGAGAAAAGAAGAGGAGGAGGAUAGGCUAUGGGAGGAGGAGAGGAAACGGAAAGAGGAUGAGAGGAAGAGGCGAGAACAGGACGAGUGGGAGAGAGAACAGCAGGAGCUUGAGAGAGUUCAAGGGUCCCCCGGUAAGGACUCCUCCAUUAAGCAGGAAGAAGUUGUAGAUGACCAGCCAGCUAAAGAUGAGGAUGGGGAUGGCAUAGACCCAGUCAUGAAGCAGUAUAUGGCCAUGGUUCAGCAGCAAAAGGAAGCAGAACAAAAGAAGGAGAAAGCUGUUCAAGAUAUUUUCAAGGAUAAGACUCCAACGCAGUCUGAGAAUGACAUCUCAUUUGCAGAUGAUGUGGGUUUGAAAAGUGAUAAUGAUUCCAUUCCGGAUUUUGACUGGUGAAAGAAAAAACAGGUGAUCCUGUGCAGCUCGACAGAAUUCCGCCCAAGUCUUCACAGUUCGAUGGGCAUAAGCUGUCUACUUCAACACAUUCAGGUCAAG